AUGGUUCAUGCUAAGAGCUGGACCCUGAAGAAGCACUUUGUAGGCCACCCUACAAAUAGUGACUUUGAAUUGGAGACAGUCGAACUCCCACCCUUAAAAAAUGGAGAGGUCCUGCUGGAAGCUUUGUUCUUCACCGUGGACCCUUAUAUGAGGGUUGUGGAAAGUAAAAACGUAGCCUUCCCAAUAGGAACUACUGUAGUGGCUCCUUCUGGCGGGACAGCGCACUCCAUUUCUGAUGGGAAAAACCUGGAAAAGCUGCUUGCAGAGUGGCCGAACACGUUACCACUGUCUUUGGCUCUGGGAACGGUUGGCAUGCCCAGCCUAAAAGCCUGCUCUGGCCGGCUCGACAUCUGUGGUGUGCAGGGUGGAGAAACAGUGCUGGUUAACGUGGCCGCAGGAGCAGUGGGCUCCGUUGUGGGGCAGAUCGCUAAGCUCAAGGUGUCUUCCUCCGGCUGCAAAGUUGUUGGAGCAGCAGGGUCUGACAAAAGGGUUACCUGCCUUGAAAAGUAUGGAUUUGAUGUUGCCUUUAACUACAAAACAGUAAAGUCUUUGGAAGAAACUUUGCAAAAAGCCUCUCCUGAGGCUGUGAUUUUGAUAAUAUUAAGAAAUUUGGAAGAAUUGCUAUACGUGGACCCAUCUCUACAUAUAACAGAACCGGCCCCCUUCCCCCAGGCCCACCCGGAGGCCAUCAUCUUUAAGGAGCUUCACUUCGAAGGCUUCCCCGUCUACCGCUGGCAAGGAGAAGUCUGCCAGAGGCUCUGA